CCGAGCGCACAGCCAGACAGAAGCUACUCCGAGGUGUUCGGUCCUCGCAUCCGCAUCGAUCACUAUAGAGCCGCGCAUAUUUCGGCACCCUCUCGAAUCGAAUCGCUUCACCGAGCACACAGACACGGGAAAAAUAUUUGCACAGAGGACCGAAAUUUCUGGUCUCGGGCGCCGCGCCUCGCGUAUACAUAGUGUGACGCGCUCCCCGUGGCUUUACUUAUAAAACGGAGCCGCCACUCGGCGUCUGAAGCUCUCGGCGCGCUGCCAGCGGCAUCGGCAUAAUCGGACGUUGGCGAUAUACGCACCGCAGGCGCAUACCUUGGACGGGCGCUUUCCUCGAGCGCUUAAUACUGUCUAGGCUGCGGCACGCGCCGCGAGCUUUCGACCGUCGCGGAGAACAUCUGACGCGCUCGCGCGAUGAGCGCCGAUAACCCCGGAUACAACGGAAGCGUCUGGACCGUAGAGGAAACCGAGUCGAAGAGACAGAACCCGCCGGCUAAUUGCCAGGAGGCUCUGGCUGCGACAGGCUAUGGACUCUUCAACGUUCUGCUGCUGCUGGCGGCUCUGCCGAUCGCGUGGACGUGUAUCAUCGAUACCACCAGCACAGCCUUUAUCAUCAACUCGGCGGAAUGCACGUUCGAGCUGACGAUGUUCCGGCGGGGCAUCGCCGUCUCCACGAUAUACAUAGGAAUGAUAAUAGCGGGUCCGCUAUGGGACUUUUACCUCCAAGACUGCGUGAUCGGUUACCUGGGGAGAAAGAACGUGAUGAUGAUCGGGAUAUUCCUCGACGCCAUAUGCAACCUCCUGUGGGUCCAUACAACGUCCUUUUACGCGUUUAUAGCGCUUAAGUUCGCCAGCGGUGUGCUCAUUGCCGGUCCGUUGUCGGUAGUCAUGGCUUAUCUCGCAGAGUUUCACGCCCCAGCGUAUCAGGCAAAGUUCGCCAGGUGGGCUGGUCUCCUCGUCAUGGCAUCCAAUAUCGUUCCCGCAGCAUUGGCCGCAACGCUGCUACUGCGGACGCCUUGGUUCCACUUCACCAUAUACAGCCGUUUCUACCCGACUUGGCAGGUCUAUCUGUUGAUCUGCGCCAUACCCUCGGUGCUGGGCUUGUUUACGGUUUGUCUCAUGCCGAAGAGUCCAAAAUUCCUUAUGGCCCAGGGCAAGAGCGACAAAGCCCUGCGGCUCUUUCGAACUAUGUACCGGCUGAACAACUUCAAGCCGGCCAGUCAAUAUCCGAUAACGGAAUUGGCCUUGCCGGAGAAGGCGAGCAAAGGAAAAACCAAUAGCGCUUGUAGAGAUAAAUUACGAGACAGUAUUGUUAAGUUGAAGGAGCUAUUCUCAAAGCCUCAUCUGAAGAACAUUUCCAUUCUCGUGUGGCUUCAGUUCGCCUGUAUGAUCGGAUUCAACGUUUCAAGACUCUGGGUCCCACCGCUCUUCGUCAUGAUGAACAACUUUCGAGUCUACGUCCGGCAGUUUUAUCCAGCUGACGAGUACAUCACCAUGUGCGAAAUGAUCUUCCCACGUCUGAAGAGCGAUUACGCAUCAUGUAAUUAUACUUUGCCGAGUCUCGAGUCUGCGGUGUACGUUAAUUCGACGUCGAUUGCGUCAUCGGCCGUUGGAUUUGGAUUUCUUUUUCUGCUACUGAGCGAUACCAGAAUAAAGAAGAUAGUCGUAAUGGUUUUUACAUUUCUACUGUCGGCCGCUGGAGCUUUCGGAGCAAACUGGGCUGUGGAAAUACCUUACAUGCUCGUAUUAGUAGCCUUCGUUAUCGUGGCAUCUCGAAUAACGGGCAACACCGUUAUGGCGUACAACGCUCAGGUUCUGCCUCCAUUGUUAAGGCCAACGGCUGUGAACGUACUUAAUUUCGUGGGCAAUCUGGGUGCGGCAGCUGGAAACUUAGCCUUUUCCCUGAUCAUUGGAAUCGAUUGUCUAAGCGCCUUGUUAGCACUUGGAUGUAUAUCAAUGGUCUCUACCUUGGUGCCAAUUUUCUUGAUAAGUCAGUCGAAGAAAAAGGUCAAGCCAGGAAUAGAAAGAUACUGAAGCUGGCUUACAUGCGUCGUCGAUGAUGUUUCAAGAAUUUUGAGACGUUAGCUCUAAUAAAAGUUAUAGCGAUUCUUAAUUGUGCGUCCGUCUCUUCUUGAUUGUGUUGCGUGCGUGGAUCUGGUGAUCUGCUUAUUGAAGCCAAUUGAAGCGGUUGGCCUGCGUAAGAAGAAAUACCACGAGCGAGAAUGUAGCGUCCGAAUCAAUGAAUAGUAACUAGGUGAAUAAAAGAGGUUGGACAGCCUUAUGAACUAUA